CAGACGACUCUUUCAUUGCGAAAAAUCGAUGGCAAAAGAGAUUCCGCGAAAUUUCGAUUCCUUGCGCUUCAAAUUCUCUGUUUAUUUUCCAAUUUAAGAUCUCUGAUAAUUAUUUCACGCAGAUCAGAAUCUCUUCUUCUCAUAUACAAAUCAAAAUUCCCUCUUUUCCAAUCUAUCAUUCGUCCAAAAAAAAAGAAAAAAACAGAGCCUAUUGAAGAGCUAUGCUUCACAAGAGCUUCAAGCCGGCGAAAUGCAAAACGGCUUUGAAGCUAGCGGCUUCGCGCAUAAAGUUAUUGAAGAAUAAGAGAGAUGCACAGGUGAAACAGCUGAAGAGGGAAUUGGCUCAAUUGCUGGAGACUGGCCAGGACCAGACUGCCAGAAUUCGGGUUGAGCAUGUGGUUCGGGAAGAGAAGACAAUGGCUGCAUAUGAUCUUAUUGAGAUAUACUGUGAACUUAUUGUAGCGCGCUUGCCAAUCAUUGAGUCGCAAAAAAAUUGUCCCAUUGACUUGAAGGAAGCAAUCGCAAGUGUAAUUUUUGCAUCUCCAAGAUGUGCGGAUAUACCUGAAUUGAUGGAUGUCCGGAAGCAUUUUACGGCAAAAUAUGGGAAAGAAUUUGUCUCUGCAUCUGUUGAACUACGUCCAGAUUGUGGUGUCAGCCGCCUGCUGGUGGAAAAACUGUCAGCCAAAUCACCUGAUGGUCCCACCAAAAUAAAAAUUCUGAGUGCCAUCGCUGAGGAACAUAAUGUUAAAUGGGAUCCUACAUCAUUUGGAGAGAAAGAUAUGAAGCCUCACGAGGACUUGCUGAAUGGACCAAAUACAUUUGAGCAGGCCAGUAAAAUGCAUGUAGAGGCUGCUAAUGUCCAAGAGCGACAAAUAGUUUUGACAAAGGCACCCUAA